CUAGUGGUGAGUGCGUCUCCUUUCUGUCGUCGUUACGUCCCGAAUAGCCGGGCGGGGAUGUUCCGAUCCACGAUGGGAGAAGUUUGUAACGAGAAGAAGUCAUGGCUGUUUGUUAUUUGGCAAAUCUGCAACGUUUUCAUGUCUCUGUUCUUCGCUCUGGCUUCAUAUGUUCAGAUCAAUGAUCCAGACGCUGGUUUAUGGAUGGUUGGUUAUGCAAUCCCUGCAGCCCUGUGUGCGUUAAUUAGCUUCAAGCCUCAUGUGACAGAGACUUUGCCCUGGAGACGUGUUGCUGAUCUCCAUGUGAUGAUUUCCAGCUCUGUCGUUGCCAUGUUAGGAUGGACGAUUUACCAGAAGAAAGUCACACAGAUCUUCCAGCAGGAGGAGGGCAGAGAAUUCUCUGGUCUCAUGUUGACCAUUGUUUGGCUUCUCCUGUGUCGCCACUCUGGAAGAGCUCCUGUCGGGAUGCUCAGAGUCUCCACAGCUGUUGCCAUCACAGUCUUCCCCUUUGUGGCCUGGCUUUACUACUACAUUAACAAGGAGCUGAGAUCAGACUGGCCUUCACAUUGUAAAACUGCUAUUUAGACAUCCAUGUCUUGCUUUUUUUGGCUGACAUAACAUUCCUUUUUAUUUUGUUCUUUGACUGAAAAUCCUGAACCAAGAAUGCUGCUUUUGUAAGUCCUUGUCUACUUGUUAAUUAAACUUCAAAAGACUCA